UGGAGCAUGCGCGGAGUGAUUGCGGACGAUGGGUGAAUGCUUUUAUGUCGGCUCUGUAAACGAUGAGAAAAAGGCGGUGCCGCGGGAGCGAUGGACCCGGUUGAUGGAUGGGGAGGUUAACUAAACAUGUUGCGAUACUGGAAGAAGAUUUUCAGAAAGGAAACUGAAAAUUAAACGUCAAAUCAAGAUCUGAGUUAGUCACGUCAUUAGGAACUGGAUGUUAUCAGAUUUUCAGUGAGGAAACCGGAGCACCCGGAGGAAACCCACGCAGACACAGGGAGAAUGUGCAAACUCCACACAGUCAGUCGCCUGAGUCGGGAAUUGAACCCGGGUCUCAGGCGCUGUGAGGCAGCAGUGCUAACCACUGUGCCACCGUGCCGCCCACGUUUCCCAAGAAUUUCUAGGAGCUGCAGAAUUUCAGUAUGAUUUGGUUGCAGGCGUUGUUCAGAGAACCGAGACUGGAAAUACAGACAGGGCAAUGAAGAGCUGGUUUGUGUGAAGGGUUUAAAAGGAGAGGAUCUCCAGUCAGGAACCUUAACCCAAAUAUCAAAACAGGUUUGGACGGAGUCUCCCAAUUUAUCGUAACCUGACUAUCAUUGGUUUUGAACAUGGAAGGGAAAAGCCCCGUUCACAGCCGGGAGAAAUCAUUCACGUGUUCUUUGUGCGGACGAGGUUUCAGCCGAUCGUCCGGUCUGUCAAGACACAAGCGCAGUCACGAUGGGGUGAAGCCGUGGAAGUGUGGGGACUGUGGGGAGGGCUUUAGUUACCCGUCUGAGCUGAAAACCCAUCUCCGCCGGCACACCGGGGAGAGGCCAUUCACCUGCUCAGAGUGUGGGAAAGGAUUCACUGAUUCAUCCACUCUGCUGAGACACCAACAAGUUCACACUGGCGAGAAGCCUUUUAAAUGUCCAGACUGCACAAAGUGCUACAAGAAUUCCUGGGAACUCCGGCGCCAUCAGCGACUUCACACAGAUGAAAGACCUUUUAAAUGUUCAGACUGUGGAAAGAGCUUUAAAAGCUCUGGGGAACUGAUGCGCCAUCAACAUGUUCACACCGAUGAGAGACCGUUCAGGUGCUCUCACUGCGGAAAUGGCUUCAAGCGACCGUCUAACCUCACUAUCCACCAGUGCACUCACACUGGAGAGAGACCAUUCACAUGCUCCAAGUGUGGCAAAAGAUUUACUCAGCUAUCCAGCUUGCUGAGACACCAAAGGGUUCACACUGGGGAGAGACCGUUCACCUGCUCCAAGUGUGGGAAACGAUUCACUUGGUCGUCUGAUCUGACAAAACACCAGCGCGUUCACACCGGGGAGAGGCCAUUCACCUGCUCUGAUUGUGGGAAGGGAUUCACUCAGUCAUCCAGCCUGCUGACACACCAGCGGUUUCACAGUGGAGAGAGGCCAUACACCUGCUCCGAGUGUGGGAAGGGAUUCACUCAGUCAUCCCAUUUGUUGAUCCACCAGCGGUUUCACAGUGGGGAGAGGCCAUACACCUGCUCCGAGUGUGGGAAGGGCUUCACUCAGUCAUCUACCUUGCUCAUACACCAGCAGGUUCACAGUGGAGAGAGACCGUUCAGCUGCCCUCAUUGUGAGAAGCGAUUCACUCGGUCGUCCCACCUGCUAAGACACCAGCGAGUUCACAAGUAACUACGGUGAUUAGAUUUUACUGUUAAUCUUAUUGGAGCGUGAACCAUGGUCAUUGGCAUCUGUUUCUGCUAAUGGGAAUAAGCUCUAGCCCUAUUAUGAGUGUUAAUGUUCUGGAUUGUAGUCAAAUAAACCAGUUUUGUGUUAA